GCUGAGCGCGAUACGAACGAAGAGUCACCUGAGCCCUUACAGCUCUGUAUCUCCUGUCCGGAUCAGCGCGGCUACGACAUCGCCCGGACGUGCGUGGAAGAGUUGCUGCUGAACGUGUACGAUGAGUACGAAGAAUACUGCGAAGAGCAUGGUUUG